UACUGGUUAAUAAUGAUCAGUUCCAUACAACUUUGAACACGGAAUGCGUUUUUGCUUCUUUUUAGAUGUGACGGGCAUUUGAACACAUCAAAAUCAAAAUGGCUUUGCUUUUCUUAAAAGAACACUUGGCUACGGAGACAACUAAAAGGGUUCGUCACUGGCAGCCAAGUGCCCGGCAGAGAGUGAAAGGAAAAAGGUAGGGAGGUGCAGAAGUUGCCAGGUGAAAAGGCCUUCACUCUCUAAAGUCAAGAGCAUUCAAGUAAAGACCUCCCCUGUCUAAAGACAGGCGCCGCCUCUGUCCUCCUCAAUUGGUUGUGAAGUCACAUGGUGUGAACACUGACAGGGAAACGGACCUUUUUAUUUUAAGGUGAAUGUGACCGCUAGAGGGAUAGUGAUACCACAGCACUCCGUGAAAAUAGACCUAAGUCUAUUUUCUUUUUCAUGACUAUUCUUUCCAGCAGUUGUGGACAAUCCUAUAAAGCUAGAAGAGAUGGGUGGCAGUACAAAGCAGAAAGGCAUGCAGCCGCUGAACAUGGACAUGAACCACCCUGACAACAAUAUCUCGUUCAGAGAGACGAAGGGAUGCUACAUCAGCAGAGUGGCCAUCUUCUUUCUCAUCGUCCUCUUCCUGUGCUCUCUAGCGGCCACGGGAUUCCUCGUGUUUUACUACCAUGCGCAGGUCAAGGGCGCCUUCGAUGAAGUUAAGGAGUUUCUGGGUUCGAUGGGAGAUCACAGCGGCGAAUUAAAGGAAGAGAAAAUGGACUUGCCGGUAUCGACAACGGUAAGAAUUUCCCCAGGCCUCUCCUCAACUAUUGCCUAUUCUGAACCCGAAGACGACGUUGAAAACAUCGUGGAAUUCGUCCCUGUCACCGAGGAAUACUUCCCGGACACUUCCUCUGAAAAGGACACUGAUAUGUCCUUUGAUGAACAGAGUGAAAAGUUUGUAACGUCCCCAUCGACAUCUACCGAAGAGGAUACGGAAGUCAUCCCCGACUUAAACAUAGUAAAACCUGAGGUAUCCUCUCCGGCUUCAUCUUCUCCACCUGAGGAAAUUGAAAGAUGGUCACGCAGGCUUCCCCGAGCCGUCAAGCCAGUUCAUUACGUGGUCAAACUUCAGCCGUUCGUCAAUGGAAAUUUCAGUAUCAAAGGAUAUCUACAAGUGGAAAUAGAAGUACAAGAAGAAACAUCCAAUGUUACGCUUCACAUUGCUGAUAUUAUAACCCAUAAUGACACAGUGACGCUGAGGAAACUCCAGGAAUUAGGAAACCCCGAGACAAUCAUCCAAAAACAGGAAUUCGACCCCAAACGGGAGUUCUACAUAGCCCACUUGGCCCAGCCUUUGGAAAAUGGCAGUCGAUAUUUGCUGAGUAUGGAAUUCGAGGGUUACCUCAACGAUAACAUGAAGGGUUUCUACAGAUCCACGUACAAGGAUGCAGAUGGCAGCCAAAAGUUUUUGGCGGCCACUCAGUUCCAAGCAAGCGACGCGCGCAGGGCGUUCCCGUGUUUCGACGAACCGGGACUCAAGUCUACUUUCGAGAUCUACCUAGCUAGAGAAGAACCUAUGACAACCAUCUCUAACAUGCCUAUCGUUGAAACAAUGCCAGUGUUUGAUCAAGAUGGAUGGGUCUGGGAUAGAUACAACACCACCAUCCCAAUGUCAACUUAUCUCAUUGCCUUUGCUGUCUCGGAUUUUGCGUCGAUGAAUGAAACCAACGAGAACUGGAUGUUCAGAGUGUGGGCGAGAGAAUCAGCACUGCAGCAAGCCGAAUACGCCCUCAGCAUUGGACCCAAGAUGCUGAGCCACUUCGAGGAGUUCUUCAAGAUUCCCUUCCCUCUGCCGAAGCUGGACAUGAUCGCCCUGCCAGACUUCGCCCCUGGGGCAAUGGAGAACUGGGGUCUUGUUACUUUCAGGGAGACGUUGAUGCUCUAUCAGCCGUCCACUUCGUCUGCAUUCAACAAGCAGCUCGUUGCGGCCGUCACUGGUCACGAACUGGCUCACCAGUGGUUUGGAAAUUUAGUGACGCCCCAGUGGUGGACAGACAUCUGGCUCAACGAAGGUUUUGCGUCAUACGUUGAAUACAUUGGGGUGGAUCAUGUUGAACCCUCAUUCCAAAUCAUGGAGCAGUUUGUGCUGGAGAGGAUUCAUCGAAUCUUCCACAUGGACAGCUUGGAAUCCUCUCACCCGAUAAGACAUGACGCAGAAGAUGCUGACAUGAUUGCCUACGACAAAGGUUCUUCGGUCAUCAGGAUGAUGAACCAUUUCUUGACUGAUGCCACGUUCACAAAGGGUCUUAAUAAUUAUCUCCGAGCAUUCCAGUACGCCAAUGCAGAACAAGACGACCUUUGGCAGUACUUGACCCAGGCUGCCCACGAGGACCAAACCCUGCCGUCUAACCUGACAGUCAAAACGAUAAUGGACACCUGGACGCUACAGAAGGGGUACCCGGUCAUCACGGUGCUACGAAGUCCUGAUGGUGUCUCGGCAACCGUCUCCCAGGAGAGAUUCCUUCAAGUCAGGAGGGAAAACUCUUCAGACAGCCACGACUACAAAUGGUGGGUCCCUGUGACUUAUACCGGACAGGGCAACCCGGACUUCACUUCGACAAAGCCACAGAUGUGGAUGAGUCCCUCGGAUUCUGCCGUAGCCCUGGGCGGUCUUCCGCCUCAUGAUCAAUGGGUGAUCUUCAACAUUCAGCAAACUGGCUUCUAUCGCGUCAAUUACGACGUCAACAACUGGCAGCUGAUUUUCAAUCAACUCGCGGCAAACCACAGCGUCAUCGGCACCAUCAACAGAGCUCAGAUCAUCGACGAUUCCAUCGAUUUGGCUAAAGCUGGACACCUUCCUUAUGGAGUACCUUUGACAAUACUGAGGUACCUAGUGGCCGAGGAAGAGUAUGUUCCUUGGUCAGCAGCUUUCAACAAUCUGUCAUACUUACGCAGAAUGUUCAGAUUUACGCCUGAAUACGGAGCCCUAAGGAAUUACUUGCUUAGGAUCAUAUUGCCACUGUACGAGUCUGUUGGCUUUGAAGACAGCCAUGACGAUCCCCUGUUGAGCCAAUACAAACGCCAGCAGGCACUGAGUUGGGCUUGCAUGCUAGAGUACCAAGACUGCCUCAACAAGUCCGUCGAAUUAUAUCAUACGUGGAUGGCUCACCCAGAGAACAGCAGUGUUGUGUCUCCAAAUCUCAAAUCUAUGGUGUACUGUCGUGGCAUCCAAGAGGGGGGAGAAAAAGAAUGGCUUUUUGCAUGGCAACAAUACGCCCACUCGAAUGUUGGGUCGGAAAAGGAACAGUUGCUCUCUGCUAUGGGAUGUACGAGGAACCAACACCUAUUAUUGAGAUACCUUGAGAUGGCUUUCACUGCAAAUAGCGGCAUUAGGAAGCAGGACAUCAAACGAGUGUUUGGAGCAGUGGCCUCCAACCCAGCUGGCAUCUCAGUGGCCUGGAAUUUCGUUCGAGAAAACUGGAAUGUCAUACAUGACUACUUCGACAAGAUCGUAGUCCAUUUGAUUAAGGACUCGACGCGGGAUUUCAACAGCCCACAGGACCUGCAACAGGUACACUUAUUUGUCGAAGAACACGCAAGCCAUCUCUCUGAGAAGAAACUGGAAGUAGAGCAACUGUUGGAAAAUAUACACAAUAAUCUCUCUUGGAUGAACAACUAUUAUGACGUCAUAGUGAAAUGGCUACACGAUAACGGCUUUUCCAGCAGCAACGCUAACUAAUUUCAACUUUAGAACCUACUGUUUUCAUUUGUGAUGAAUGAUUUUGCCAUGUGUUAGAAACAAGGUUCCUGAUAAUUGUCUGUGCUUGUGUUGUUGUCAUUCAAAUUUCAUUCUGUAUCGAAUAUACUUGUUUUAAAAAAUUCAACCACUGUUUUUUGGGUG